AUGCUGAAGCAAAACCAAGGCCUUGUCCGCGACCACGAAGAGAAGAAGGCAGCAGCUUCGCAGCAUGCGACCACGCUCCAGAGCACGCUGAGCGAGGUGCAAGAUACCUUGGUGCAGUCCAAGGCUGUGGCAAACCAGUAUCGUGAGGAGGCGGAUUCUUGGAGGAAAGCUCACGAGAAGCUGCAGGAGGAUUUCAGCUCAAUGAAGGCUCGAUGCCGAUCUGCUGAGCUGCAGGUGCAAGAGAGCCAAAGCGAGCUCCAGAUCUGCCUGUCUGGCAAGGAGCGCGCGGAGCAAAGCGUCCGAAGUCUCCAAGAUCAGGUGGCUAAGGUGUCUCAGGAGCUGAGCUCACUACAACAUGCGCUGGACCAGAAGGAGUCCGACUUGACGGCUUCCGAGAUGCGUUUGUCUGAGCUGCAGAUCAGAGCUGAACGGGUCAGCCGCGAGCGGACAGAGCUGGAGGUUGAACUCUCGAAGGCCCAGCAGGAGACGCAGCAAAGUGCGCAAGAGGCCCGUAGCUUGCUCCAGCAGAAGACCUCCCAACUGAAUUCCCUUCAGCUUGUGCAGCACCAGAAGGAGUCGGAUUUGGCAGCUUCCGAGAUGCGUCUGUCGGAGCUGCAGGACCGGACUGAACGAGUCACCCGGGAGCGGAGAGAUCUGGAGCUUGAGCUGGAGAAAGCCCGGAAAGAGUUGGAGCGAAGUGCUGCAGAGGCCCAGAGCCUGCUCCAGCAGAAGACCUCUGAAUCUGCAGAGUUGCGUGCUGCCCGAAACGAGACCCGAUCGCAGCAAGAACAAGCUGCUCUCCUGCAGAAAGGCUUAGAGGAGUCCCGCCAGAAGUGUCGGAGUCUACAGCAAGAGCUGGCCGAGUCAUCAAAUCAACUUCAAGUGGCUGCUGAUCAGCGCCGACAGUCUUCCCUGAAGCGCGAGUACCAGGAGCGUGCCAUUCUGGGCUUGGAAGAGCAGGUCGUCCGAUUGAACGAAGAGAUAUGCCAGGCCAACGACCAGCUGGAGAACGGGCAGGCGAAACAGCGAUCGGCCGAGCUCCAGAUCCGCGAGAUGGAGCAAAAUGCUCAAGUGAUGGCCCGGAAACAGCACAAGGCACUGGACCUCCAUUCUUCCAAGGAGGAGGCGGCUGCAGCAAGACUGGUAGAGCUGGAAGCCUCUUUGAGCCAACUUCGCUCGCAGCUGGCUCUCAGGGAGAGCGAGGCGCAGCACAACGAACGUCAGGCCGAGAGCACGGCCGCGCGCGUGAAGGUUUUGGAGGCCAAGGAUGCCGCCUGCGGCAAGCGCACCGCUGUUGCUGAAGCUCGGGCCGCGGAGCUGGAGUCCAAGUUGAGGCAGCUCCAUGCGACUGCAGCACAUGUGCAGGAACAGCUGGGCCACUCCCGGGCAGAGCAAGUGCAGCUGGCAUCAGAGAAGUCACGCCUUGAAGAACAGUGCUUGGCAUGUCAGAGAAGGCUAGCAGAUGCCGAGGUGCAGGUACAAGAUGCCCAGGCGGAGAAGGAGCGCUGGAAAAGCCAGCAAAAGAUCCAUGAGGACCGGGCCCUGAAAUGGGAAGCGAAGGUUGCCGAGCUGCUCAAGGAACUCCAGAGGUUCCAAAUCGAAGGGCCUCAGCUGCCUUUGCAUGGCUGGAGCGAAGCAGGGGAUGAGCUGCUUGGCCUCAGCGAUUUUUGUUUUUGUUUUUGGGAAGACGGGCGGGGGAUUGGGAGGCAUUUCAACUCGAAACCCCUUAGGUUCCAGAGACCAAAAGUCAAAGGCCAUUUGGGGCUUUCGGUCUUCUUUGGCAGGGCUCCUAUAUGUACUAUAGGGUACUUCAAGAGCUUUGCACGAACUACGUUGACAGCAAGGGUUUCCGUAAGUGGCUUCCUCCCUCUGACGGAGAGCUCGUGGCUCUAG